AUCCAAAAUCUCGAGAAAUUUCAAGAUCGUCAGCAAAUUUUUCAAAUUUCCUUGGGAAGUGUGUCUCGGCUAACUUCCAGUUUGUCGCUCUUUGUCAACAGCAGCGCUGUGCGGCUCAAGGGCGCAACAUGAAAAGUGAGGUAAUGUUUCUUCAGCUGAUGGAAUCUAAUUGGAGAUUCGCAAAGUUUCUCUCUGAUUCACGCUUUUGGUCGACAAAACAACCAUCAUAAGUGGACUUUGACCGGCCAGUCUCACUACCGCGGUGUGAUAUUUGCCCCGUGACUUGUGAAAUAGCGGCUCUGGGUGAAUAAAAUGCACCUGUAGAGCUGCGAAUCCGUUGACUUUUGCUGGAAUGCCGUGCCGUGAAGACGCGCGUGUGUGGAGAAUUUGCUCGUGAAAAACAGAAAAACAGUGUGGAAAACUCAAGGGUGUUUAACUGAGUGUCGCGCGAUUACUUGGAUUGGAUGUUAACCUUUCGUCAGGCGUUGCGAUCUGUGGGAGUCAAGCAGAUCACAUUGGCACGAACAAUGGCGACGUCAGUGGAGCCCAAAGCCAACGGAUUGCCCGAGAAGGAGGCGCAGGAGUUCAGCUUCAGCGUCCCUUGGGGAAGCGUAGCCGGAAAAUGGUGGGGCAACAGGAAUACUCGUCCCAUUCUGUGCCUCCACGGUUGGCAGGACAACGCCGGCUCCUUCGACACUCUCAUUCCCCACCUGCCGCCGGAGUACAGCUACUUGGCGCUGGACUUGCCGGGCCACGGCCUGUCGUCGCGCCUCCCGGACGGCAUCUUCUACAGCUGGCUGGACGUGUGCCAGGCGCUGCGCCUGCUGUCCGAGCAGGAGAAGUGGGACAAGAUCUCCAUUCUCGCGCACUCCAUGAGUUCCCUCAUCGGCUUCAGCUACAGCUCCGCCUUCCCGGACAAAGUCGACCUCAUGAUCGGCAUCGACGCCCUCAAGCCGCACGUGCGCCCGGCCGAGAAGUACGCGCCGAUGAUUGAGAAGGGCUUCGAGGCAUUCCUGCUGGCGGACAGGCGAAAUCGCGAGGCCUCGGAGCCGCCUUGCUACUCAUACGACGAAAUGCUCGAGCGUCUGCACAAGGGCACAAAUGGAUCCGUGGAGAAGGAAGUGUGCCAGUAUCUGCUGAAGCGCAACAUCGCCCAGUCGAAGAGUGACCCAGAGAAGUUCUACUUCACGCGCGACAAUCGCCUCAAAGGCUUCAGCUUCCAGACACUCUCCCAGGAGAUCGCCAUCGGCAUGACGAAGCGCAUCACGUGUCCCUACAUGUUCAUCAAGUGCACCAACUCCGUUUACUACGAGGACAAGAAGUACAUCGACGAGAUCAUCGGCGUCUUCAAGGAGAACAACCCGAAUUUCGAGUAUCACACCAUCGAAGGCAGACAUCACGCUCAUCUCAAUGAACCUCACAAGUUUUCUGAUCUUCUCACGCGCUUCAUCAGGAAACACCGAAUGCCCUAGAAGUAUUUCUUAGUGUCUCGUCGCCCUAGUCAGACUCUUUGACUCAAUAAACCUCCUUUUGUUGGUCACUUUGCAAA